GCUUCCUCAAUUAUUUCCUCACACCCGUUUAUGCUUCCUCUUAACUUCAUCCCAAUGUGCCUAUAAAUCCCCAUAUUAUUCCAACUCCACCACACCAUGCAUAUUCCAACAACACAUCACAUCCUCGAAUAACCAAAACCCCUCAAGCCUCAUUUGUGUAAGUCUUCAACAUGUCAACCCCACCAGUGUCCUUUCUAUUCCUCCUUUUGUUCUCCCUCGUUGUACCAUCACUAUUAGCUCAGGCUCCAUCACCAUCUCCAACACAUUCUCCUCAUCCUCCACCAUCUCCAAAAGAUACACCUCCUCCUUCUACUUCUACACCACCCUCUUCAAAACACUCACCUCCUCCUCCUUCUUCACCACCACCUUCUCCAAAACAUGCUCCUCCUCCUCUUCCUCCUUCCUCUCCACCACCACCAUCUCCAAAACAUGCUCCUCCUCCUCCUCCUUCUUCUUCUCCACCACCACCAUCUCCAAAACAUGCUCCUCCUCCUCCUCCUCCUCCUCCUCCUCCUUCUUCUCCACCACCACCAUCUCCAAAACAUGCUCCUCCUCCUCCUUUUUCACCACCACCAUCUCAAACACAUGUCCCUCCACCUCCUCCUUCUCCAUCAUCUCCAAAACAUGCCCCUCCACCUCCUACUCCAUCACCACCAUCUUCAACACAUUCCCCUCCUCCUCCUCCUCCUUCUCCAACACCACCUCCAGCACGUGCCCCUUCUCCCCCUCCGCCUCCACCACCUUCAUCACCCUCUUCAGCAUGCAAGUCCACACUAUACCCUAAACUAUGCCGCUCCAUUCUCUCCUCCAUCCGUUCCUCUCCUUCCGACCCCUACAACCUAGGCAAAUUCUCCAUCAAACAAAGCCUUAAACAAGCCAAGAAACUAGUCAAGGUCUUCAAAAACUUCCUCACAAAACACAAGUCAUCCUCUUCCCUCAACACCGCAGAAAUCGCAGCGUUGGAGGACUGCAGCGAACUCAACAAGCUCAGUAUUGAUUACUUGGAGUCGGUCUCAAUAGAGCUAAAGUCGAUCGACUCCAAUAACACUGAGCUGGUUGAGAAGAUUGAGACGUAUCUCAGCGCUGUGGCCACUAACCACUACACUUGCUAUGAUGGGUUGGUGGUGAUCAAGAGCAACAUUGCCAAUGCUAUUGCUGUGCCUCUCAAGAAUGUCACCCAAUUAUACAGUGUGUCACUUGGGUUGUUCACGCAGGCUCUGAAGAAAAACCUCAAGAAGCAUAAGACACGCAAACAUGGUCUUCCCACCAAGGACUACAAGGUCAGGCAGCCAUUGAGAAAACUCAUCAAGCUUCUUCACACAAAGUACAGUUGCACAGGAUCAUCCAACUGUAGUACUAGAAGUGAAAGGAUUCUUCAAGAAAGCGAGAACAAAGGAGUUCUUCUAAAAGAGUUUGCGAUUGUUAGCCUUGAUGGCACAGAAAACUUCACCUCUAUUGGAGAUGCUAUUGCCGCUGCACCCGAUAAUUUGAGGCCAGAAGAUGGCUAUUUUCUUAUCUAUGCCAGAGAAGGAAACUAUGAGGAAUAUGUCACUGUUCCCAUUCAAAAGAAAAAUAUCUUGCUUAUUGGUGAUGGCAUCAACAAGACUUGCAUGACAGGAAAUCAUAGUGUCGUAGAUGGUUGGACCACUUUCAAUUCUUCAACCUUUGCUGUCUCUGGAGAAAGAUUUGUAGCAGUGGAUGUCACAUUCAGAAACACAGCAGGUCCUCAGAAGCACCAAGCAGUGGCCUUGAGGAACAAUGCAGACCUCUCCACAUUCUACCGUUGCAGCUUUGAAGGAUACCAAGACACUCUCUAUGUCCACUCCCUCAGGCAAUUCUAUAGAGAAUGUGACAUUUAUGGCACUGUGGAUUUCAUUUUUGGCAAUGCUGCUGUGGUGUUCCAGAGCUGCAACAUUUAUGCCAGAAAACCAAUGCCAAACCAGAAGAAUGCUGUCACAGCACAAGGGAGAACUGACCCCAAUCAAAACACUGGAAUUUCAAUACAGAAUUGCAAGAUUGAUGCUGCACCUGACUUAGCUGCAGAUUUGAAUUCAACUGAAAAUUACUUAGGCAGGCCGUGGAAAGUGUAUUCAAGGACUGUGUUCAUGCAGUCAUAUAUUGGAGAACUAAUUCAAUCUGCUGGAUGGUUAGAGUGGAAUGGCACUGAUGGGUUAAGCACCCUCUUUUAUGGUGAGUUCCAGAACUUUGGACCUGGUUCUGAUACCAGCAAGAGGGUGCAAUGGAGUGGUUACAAUCUGUUGAGUGCUACUCAAGCUAGGAACUUUACUGUGCAUAAUUUUACCUUGGGGUAUACAUGGCUUCCGGAUACAGAUAUACCCUAUUCUGAAGGACUUUAGAUUAGAUAACUGAAUUUAAUUAUAAUAGAGUAACAAUAAAUUUGAUUACAAUUUGUUAAUUAGAUGUGAUGUAAUUGUAUCAUUUUUCUGAUUUUGAUGUGUUUUCAAAAAGGAGGAAGGAUCAUGUGCUAAAUGUUUGGAUGAAAUUCAAAACUUUGUAUCUUGAGAAAAAGUUACCAGUGUUGAUUAUUUAGAGGCAAUUGAAUUAUUUGUUGUGUACCUAGGUUGUCAUGUCUGGUUUAUUAAUAAUGUGAUAUGAUUAGCAUUAACAUGGGGCAGCAAAAUUAUAGACC